AUGGCUGCUGAAGAUAAACCCACCCCAGCGGCGGUGACCGUCGCACCGGCGCCGGCAAUGGAUGAACCACCAGCCUAUGCCGGCAAUGAGAAAGGAAAUCACGAUCAACUCUCACAACAACAAACGCCAGCGGCGUACGGUCUGGCAGGUGCCGCUGAGCAGGGUCAGGCACCAGUCGCGGUCAUGCCGCUGAGAGACCUUGACCAACACCCAGCCAGGAUCGCCUGCCCGCACUGCCACCACAUGGCCGUGACCACAAUCGACAAGCAAGACACCAGCGCCGCUUUCAUCGUCGGUGCGCUCCUUUGCCUAGUCUGCCUCUGCGCCGCCUGCCUGCCCUGCUUGUGCGGCUGGUUUCAGGACAUUCAUCACCACUGCUCUCACUGCGGCAAGGAGGUUGCCGUCCGCAGAUCUAAUGGCUCCAUCGAGUUAUUCGAGCCUGCGGCGCCGCAGGAGGCAUGGACUACCUAUCCGGAUGCCACGACAGGCCCGCAGCCUCCACCUCAGGCGGCUUACGGCUCGGCGCCGCCGCAGCAGCCGCUGAAUGCGGCCAGGACGUAG